AGAGACCUCAGAGCCCCGAUUAAAAGACCCAAAUAUCCAAGGUACAGGAAACAGUGCACCGUUUCCAGUGGAUGUGAUAGUGGCAUUUGUACUGACGAGUCACCCUGUUCGAGCCCUUCCGAUGCAGCGAGCGGUAGCCCCACACUUCGAAGUAGCUGCUCCUUUGACGGGCUCGCCACUCAACUUGAUUGGCAGAUAUUCAGAGAAUAUGGGGAGGAUUACUACCACUUUAAACGAGAAUCCGAGAAGAAAUUCCAUCCCCGGGACUGUUUGGCUCGGCAGCCUCAGGUAACUGCAGAUGACCGGUGUAAACUCGUUAGCUGGCUAAUUCCAGUUCACAGAUGCUUAAACUUCUCUUUUGAAUCGCUCUGCCUCACUGUAAACAUAAUGGACCGUUUCCUUCAAACAACACCCGUGGCUUCAGAUUGUUUCCAACUGGUUGGAGUAACCUCGCUGCUGCUUGCGUGUAAACAAGUUGAAGUGUACCCCCCUAAAAUCAAGCAGCUGCUGGCUCUGUGCUGUGACGCCUUUUCUCGGGAGCAGCUGUGUAACCUGGAGUGCAUCAUCUUGCUCAGACUCAACUUCGAGCUCACCGCACCCAGCGUGGACUUCUUCUUGGAGUAUUUCACGAAUAAAACCCUGCGGCGUCAACAACUGGACAGCAGGGCUGCCAGGACUGGAAGGCUGGCCAGGCGCCUCGUCGAGAUAAGUUUGGCCGAUUACUCCUUCAACGGGUAUCGGCCCUCCCUGCUGGCUAUCUCUGCCUUCAGCCUGGCCGAUCGGAUGUUACAUCCCGGCGAAGUGAUCGACCUGGAGUUCAGCGAUUACCCGCCCAGCGUGCUGGAAGACUGUGUGGAGACACUGGAGUUGCUGGUGGCUUUGAACAAGGAGUCAUUGGCAUCCUUGCAGAAUCUUGAACCGACAAAUAAUCGAUUCAGCACUGAAUUAUGAAGUGCUGUCACUCGUGUUUUCUCAAGAGAAUCACAUCUUGUUUGUUGAAUGAAAUUACAUCGAAUUAAAACACGUAUGACACAAAACCUUGAAUUGUGUAUACUAGUUUACAUGUGUGAAGGAUAGUUCUCACUUAAACUUCUGCAAGAUGAAAUUGUUUACUACUUGUCGAAUGGGAUAAUACCGGCGUGUAUGGGCAAUCAGGGAGAUGACU